AUGAACUCUACCAUGUGCCCGCCACCGUUCUUGAACGAGAGUCAGUUUCCAAAAAACGGUGGAUUCCUUGCCGGCCGAACAUGUGAUGCAGUGACCAUGCCAUCGGGAGUCAAGGUCCGCUGCUGUCUACCGUGCCCGCAGGCCGAAUGGAGAUAUACAGACGACUUUCUCCGCCGGACAAAAAUUGCCAGUUGGCUUGCUCUCGCCGUCUUCAUCCUAAAUACCUUGAUGCUUCUCACCUAUGCAGUGCUGCCGGCGAAGGCGACUCGUCGUCACUACCUCAGUAUUUGUUUGAUUUCAGCUCUCAUGAUGAUGGAGCUUUCUUUUAUUAUCCCGCUUGCUGCACAGCCAACACAAUGCUACGAUGCAAUUACACCACAUGACAUGAGAUCUGACCUCACUUGUUUUUGCCGCACGCUGUCCCUGCACGUCCAGAUCUGCUGGGACGUCGUUCCUGGCCGCAAGUUUUUCAUCUCGACAAUGUGUUUUGGGUGGGGAAUUCCCAUCAUCGGUCUUGCAACCGCAAUGGCGGUGACCGGCACCUCCUAUCGCUUUGGAAGCAUCUGCCACAUCAACCACGAGAAAGGCUUGUUUAUCUUCUGGGGCCCGUUGAUGACCUUUGCUGGGGCGACCAUGCUCAUCCACCUGACCACGCUGGGCUACUGCAUCCACGUCUACGUGAAGUCGAUCCUGGACACCAAACCCACAACAGAGAACAGCGGCCCAUUGCCCUCGUACACGGGAAGCGAGCGCACAAUUUCCGCGCGGCAGACGUACCGCCGUGUGAAAAGGAUUCUACUACUGCAGUGGCGAGGGUUCGCGGUGGUGUUUACGAUCUUAGCGAACGUUGUCUUCUUCACCGUUGUCUUCUUGGGCCUGGACAACGCCGCACGCCGGUCGCCAGAAAACGUCGCCAAAUCUCAACCUUGGAUUGCCUGCCUCGUACUCUCGUCCGGCAACGCGGACGAAUGCGCCAGACUGGCCGCCAGCCUGGGCCCCAGCGAGAGCUCCGUACUGGCCGUCCUCAUCCUGCUGGGCAUGAGCGGCUUCUGGCCGGUCAUCUUCCUGGGCCACUCGACGAUGAUCACGGGCUGGCGCGACUGGAUCAAGCAGAAGAUCCACCCCAACCGCGAGUUCGUGUCGAUGGACGCGCGCAAGAAGGGCUCGCCCACGCGCGCCUACGAGAUGCUCGCCGCCGGCCGCCAGCCGUCGUCCAUCAAGUCGCCCGAACCGCUGCUCAGUCCCGUGCGCAACUCCGACCACUCCAUCGCGACCAUGAACUACUCGGCCUACGCCUCUGCCGCGCCGCCCACGUCGCCCGACCCGGCCAUCAUCACGCCCGAGGCCCGUUACCACAGCCCGCCGUUGAGCUUCUCGACGCCGCGGCCCCCCAGCCAGCGCGGUGUGUCGUCGCCGUCGUCGCCGUCCGCGAUAGCGGCGGCCAAGGAUUGGGAUCCGCAGGCUACUUUUGCUCCUAGUCGAGCCGGUGGGAAACAGUGGCAUGACAGACCCGGCCCGUCCUGA